GAAUAGGGUAAACUCAAGCAUCACAAACUGCACUGACCAUGACCACGAGGGAAGCUGUAACGCUACAAAUUGGACACUACAGUAAUUUUGUUGGGGCCCAUUGGUGGAAUAUACAGGAGUCAACUUUCAUCUAUGACCCGAAACUGGCACCAGCGCAGAAAGAUAUAGACCAUGAUGUGCUGUUUAGAGAAGGGAAGAAUCUAAGGGGAGAAGUUACCUACACGCCAAGACUUGUCGCCCUUGACCUGAAGGGAAGUCUAAAUACCCUCAAACAGGAGGGCAAUUUGUACGACCACAGACACCAGGAGGAAAUUCAAUGGACAGGAGAUGUCACACUACAUCAGGAAGACAACAUAGAGAAAAAUCCUUACCUGGUAGACUUGGAGAAGGAGGAACAGGUUUAUAUGAAAGGCACUGCAGGCAGCAACAACAGUCAGGAAUCUAUUGAGGAUGUUGAAGUCAAAGACACAGGAAGUGAGGACAGAGAAAAGAAACAAAAACCAAGUGAUGCUGGAUGUGGUAAUCAAUUCUACAAACUUGACGAGUCUGUGAAUGUGUGGUCAGACUACCUGCGAACAUUUCUCCAUCCCAAGUCCAUACACAUCGUAGAGCAGUACAGACACAAAAACGACCUGCAGCCGUUCGAUAUUUAUGGAUGUGGACAGGAAGUGAUGUCAGACUAUGAGACCAGAGUUGAUAUUGAAGACAGACUACACUUUUUUAUAGAGGAGUGUGACCAUUUACAGGGCUUCCAGGUUUUAUUAGACACAUUUGACGGAUUUGGUGGUUUGGGAUCCCAUGUAUUGCAACACCUGGAAGACGAGUAUUCUUCCAAAGGAAUUUUCACUUUUGCUGUAACACCCAACAAUCUCCCUGAUAAUACACCACAAAAUCGUGCUAAUAGAAUUCUGAACUCUGCCAUUAGUUUUAGUAAAUGUUGGAGCAACAGUUCUCUGUUUGUACCGAUGUGUCUAGCUAAUAGUCUGUGGAAAACUGUUGGUCCUCCAGUACAGUUACCACAUCUACAAUACAAGUCAAUAAACUACCACACCAGUGCCAUCCUGGCUGCCACUUUGAACUCGCUUACCUCCCCUUACCGCCAGCCUACUGUACUACAUAUGCGAGACCUAACAGACACUUUUCACUCACUGGGCAGAAAGAUAGCAUCUGUGAGCUCCAGUUUUCCCUACCCAAUUAAUGAAGACCAAUUCUUGGUGGACUCCUUGUUGUCACUUGGAGACGACCUUCCCUGGGUCUCCCUGACCCCUCAUGUGAAGAACAAUGCCAAUCCGAUCAUGCAGUCGACUGUGAUACAAGGAAUCUCCAAUAACAUCGCCAAAAGAUCAGUGCAGGAUGAGAGAUCACCAAGUCAGUACAGCACCUGUCAGAAUGUGCAAGACAUCAUACAAGUUUACCUUCGAGAAAGAUUCCGUACCACACACAGUGCUGCUACAGUUUUACAGGAUCCUUGUAAGGUUGUCUCCCCUUGUCCUCACAUUUUCAAACCAAGUGUCGCAAAGAAUGGAUUUCUGUCCUCAACUAAGCGACCAGAUUUACAAGGAGUUGAGAGUGUACCUAUGAUGUCAAGCCUUCAGAUAUCUCCAGACAUUGCAGAGCUGCUCAGUACACUUCACACUGAGGCUUCCAAACUAAACAUACGUAAACACCAUCGGUACCUAGCUGCUGGCAUGGAGGAGGACGACUACAUGGAGAUUCUGGGAGACAUUGAGAAUCUACGUCGCUGCUAUGAAGAACCAGGGGACAUGGGUUGAGGGAGUCACUUCUGAGAUAAUUAACAAGCUGCCUACUGGCAUUAAGUCUGGAAAGAACUAUGAUUGUCAGCACUUUCUUCUCCGUAUUAUCAGAGAACAAAAAAGAGGGUACUGCAAUAUGUGCUGGCCAUUCUUAAAGCAACAGGAUACAUAACUCUUGCAUGGUGUGUGACCUGUUAACACUGUACAGAUUUCACAAGUUCAGGUUCAGAACAGAGAAAUCUUCAAUUCAAUGGAAUACUGUGAUAUUACUGUACUGUAAUAAAGUCCUUUUAAACUAUA